CUCGGGGCCAAUGGGAGGCGGCGGCUCUGCGGGGCGGAGGGAGCCGGAGCGGCGGCUGGGCCGGCGGGGAGGGGGGCCCGGUGCUGACACCCCCCUGCCGCGCCGCCGCCGGAGACCACCACCACGUUAUGCUUCAUCUGCCGCCGAGCGGGGGCGUUUUCGGCGGCCGUCGCCAUGUCCCUGUGCCAGUGCGCGGUGAAGCACAGCGAGUCGGACGCCGAAAGCUGCUGCUUCUCGGCCAGUGGCACCGGCGUGAAGGUUUGUCUCCACUGGUCCGGCGAGGAGCAGCGGGAGCGUUACCGGAUUUACACCCAGGGCACGCUGAGCGCCGAGGAGAUCUGCAUCGACCUUGCCCACCGCCUCGGCAUCACGCCGCUGUGCUACAGCCUCUUCGCCCUCUACGACCCCCAGAGCCGAGUCUGGCUCCCACCCAACCACCUCUUCCAAAUUGGCAAAGACACCAACCUCAACCUGCUCUUCCGCAUGAGGUACUACUUUCGGAAUUGGCACGGGAUGAACGAGAAGGAGCCGGCGGUUUAUCGCAACGUGCCUCGGCAGAGCGACUCCCCGGAGGAGAAGCUGCAAGGAGGAGCCUUGCUGGAUAAAUCCUCCUUCGAGUAUCUCUUUGAGCAGGCGAAAUUCGACUUCAUCAACGACGUCGCCUCUUUGAAAGAUCUCCAGAGCGAACAGGAGAUCCAGAGGUUCAAAAACGAGAGCUUGGGCAUGGCCGUGCUUCACCUCUCGCACAUCGCCCUCAAAAAAGGCAUCUCCCUCGAGGAAGUGGCCAGGAAAUACAGCUUCAAGGAUUGCAUCCCACGUUCCUUCUACCGCCAGAUCCAGCAGAACAACUACCUGACCAAAUUCCGCAUGAAAAACGUCUUCAAAAAGUUCGUCCAGCGUUUCCAGCGGCACACGGUCAGCGCCGGCAAGCUGACAGCGCAGGACAUCAUGUACAAAUAUCUGGCCACCUUGGAGCACCUGGCGCCGCGCUUCGGCAGCGAGCUCUUCCCCGUGUUUUCCUUGGAAACCUCCUCCGAGGGGGAGAAGGGGCAGCUCCGCGUCAACGGGGGACACGCGACGCUCCCCAAGGAGCCGCCCGUCACCCACCAAGUCCUCGUCACCGGCACGGGUGGGAUCCAGUGGCGGCCGGUGCCCGUAGAGACCACGGAGAUCGUCUCCCAGCGCAGCUAUUUUGGGAGAAAGAGCAGGAACAAGGAGCCGGAGCCCAUGGGAUCAAUCCAGGCGGCGGAGCGGAGCGAGCCCAAGUGGAUCCGAUUCUGCGAUUUCCGGGAGAUCACGCACAUCGUCAUCAAGGACUGCAGGGUCGGGAUCCACCGGCAGGACAACGAGUGCCUGGAGGUGGCUCUCCCGGCCCCGGCGAGUGCACUCUCCUUGGGCGCGCUGGUGGAUGGUUAUUUCCGCCUGACGGCCGAUUCCAGCCAUUACCUGUGUCACCAGGUGGCUCCGCCGCGGCUGGUGAUGAGCAUCCUCAACGGCAUCCACGGCCCCAUGCAGGAAGAGUUUGUUUUUGCCAAGCUCCGGCGGGAAGAGGAGGAGGAAGGGCUUUACAUCAUCCGCUGGAGCGUCCUUGACUUCAACAGGAUGAUUCUCUCCGUGGUCAAAAGGAGCCAGACACAGACUCCUGGAGCGCAGGGAGCUCUCAAGUACCGGCAGUUCCGGAUCCAAAAAAAAGGAAAUUCUUUUGUGCUGGAAGGGUGGGACCGGGAAUUUUCCACUUUGCAGGAGCUCUUGGAUGUGCUCAAGGGCUGCACGCUCAAAUCUGGCGAGGAAAGCUUCACGGUGAAGCGCUGCUGCCCACCCAAACCAGGAGAGAUCUCAGACCUGCUGAUCACGCGGAAGGUGAAGGAUAACGCCAAGCAGAUCCUCAACCUGACCCAGCUCAGCUUCCACCAGAUCCGCAAGAACGAGAUCACUCAGCGCGCCCACCUGGGGCAGGGCACCCGCACCAACAUCUACGACGGGGGUCUGAGCGUCUGCGGCGCCGGUGACGACGAAGCCGAAUAUUUUUCCACCGAACAGAACAACAACAGCCGGGAGAUGCACGUGGUCCUCAAAGUCCUGGAUCCCAGCCACAGGGACAUCGCUCUGCGUUUUUUUGAGACGGCCAGCCUGAAGCAGGUGUCGCACGUCCACUUGGCGUUCGUGCACGGCGUCUGCGUGCGGGGCUCCGAGAACAUCAUGGUGGAGGAGUUCGUGGAACACGGGCCGCUGGACGUGCUGCUGCGGAAGGAGAAGGGCCGCGUCGCGGUCGGCUGGAAAAUCACCGUGGCCAAGCAGCUGGCCAGUGCCCUGAGCUACCUGGAGGAUAAAAACCUGGUGCAUGGCAACGUGUGCGCCAAAAACAUCCUGCUGGCCAGGAAGGGGCUGGAAGACGGAUCCACGCCUUUUGUGAAGCUCAGCGAUCCCGGCGUCAGCUUCACCGUGCUCUCCCGAGAAGAGCGCGUGGAGCGGAUCCCUUGGAUCGCUCCGGAAUGUGUCCGCGAAGUGGGAAACCUCAGCCCGGCGGCCGACAAGUGGAGCUUCGGCACCACGCUGCUGGAAAUCUGCUUCGACGCCGACGUCCCGCUGAAGGAGCGCGCGCCCUCGGAGUGCCUGGGAUCCUCCUCGCCCUCCAGCCCCGCACAUCCCGGGAUCCCGGAGGGAUCCAGCCCCGCGUGACUGGGUUUCCUUCCCCGUAGAAGGGAGCGUUUCUACGAGAAGAGGCAUCGCCUGCCCGAGCCCUCGUGCAAGGAGCUGGCCCGGCUGAUCCGCCAGUGCCUGAGCUACAGCCCCGGGGAGCGGCCGUCCUUCCGCACCGUCCUGCGGGACCUCACCCAGCUCCAGCCCCACAACCUCGUAGACAUCACCUCGGUGAAUCCCGACUUCCCGGUGUCGGAUCCCACCGUCUUUCAGAAGCGGUACCUGAAAAAAAUCCGGGAGCUGGGGGAGGGUCACUUCGGGAAGGUGAGCCUGUAUUGCUACGACCCCACCAACGAUGGGACGGGGGAGAUGGUGGCCGUGAAAUCCCUCAAAUCCGGCUGCAGCCAGCAGCUGCUCGCCAGCUGGAAGAGGGAGAUCGAGAUCCUCAAGACCCUUUACCACGAAAACAUCGUCAAGUACAAGGGGUGCUGCAGCGAGCAGGGAGAGAAGGUGGUGCAGCUGAUCAUGGAGUACGUGCCGCUGGGCAGCCUGCGGGACUACCUGCCCAAGCAUCACGUCAGCCUGGCACACAUCCUGCUCUUCGCCCAGCAGAUCUGCGAGGGCAUGGCCUACCUGCACUCCCUGCACUACAUCCACCGGGACCUCGCCGCCCGCAACGUGCUGCUGGAGAACGAGAACGUGGUGAAAAUCGGCGAUUUCGGCUUAGCCAAAGCCAUCCCCGAGGGCCACGAGUAUUACCGCCGUCUGCGAGGACGGCGGACAGCCCCCGUCUUCUGGUACGCGGUGGAGUGCCUCAAAGAGUGUAAAUUUUAUUACGCCUCGGACGUUUGGUCCUUUGGGGUGACGCUCUACGAGCUCCUGACCCGCUGCGACGCCGGGCAGAGCCCACCGGCGAAGUUCAUCGAGCUGAUCGGGGCGACGCAGGGGCAGAUGACGGUGCUGCGGCUGAUCGAGCUGCUGGAGCGGGGCAGGCGGCUGCCCAGCCCCAAGGACUGUCCCUGCGAGAUCUACCGGCUGAUGAAGAACUGCUGGACGGAAGCUUCCUUCCGCCCGCCCUUCCACAACCUCGUCCCCAUCCUCAAGAACUUCCAUGAGAAAUACAGGGGCCAGGCUCCCUCCGUCUUCAGCCUCUGCUGAGCUGGGGGGCGGGGGGCAGGGGCCACGACCCCCCCUCCCCCCCCUGCCCCCCAAAACACGGCGGAAAGUUGGGGGGGGAGGGGCGCGACUCCUCACUUUUCCCAGCACCGGGUAAGGAAAAUGCCAGGAAAUGCCGGGGAGGAAAC